AUGCGUGUAUCAAACCUUUUGCCGAUUCUGACGGCUGCUGCCGGUGGAUUUGUUGCUGAAGCCUCCUUGUUGAGACGUGACGAUUCCAUUGCCAGCAACGACACUUCAUCUGCCCCCAUUCCCAACCGCUAUAUCGUGGAGUUUGCAGAGGGCGUCAAUCCUCAACAGGCGGCUAGUGAUCUUGUGAAUGCCGGGGCUACUGUGCUCAAAAUCUUUGACUCGGAUGUCUUCAGUGGCGCAUCAGUUAUAUCGGAUACGCAUAAUCUGGACACGUUACAGUCGCUUGCACCAGUCCUUCGAUCAUGGCACUCUAAGAAGAUUAAAAUCACAGCCCCUAUUGCAGCGCCUCAGACAUUUGGUCCUGCUGCGGCAGGUGCCGGCUUCUCUGUCCACCACAUGACUGGUGUGGACAAGCUUCACGAAGCCGGCAUUUUAGGAAAGGGUGCUAAAGUGGCUGUUGUCGAUACCGGUGUUUGGUAUCCACACCCUGCACUCGGGGGCGGUUUUGGACAUGGCUUUAAAGUUGCUGGAGGAUAUGAUCUUGUUGGCACUUGGUGGGGUUAUAACACUUCGGACAAGUUGCCGAAGCCAGAUCCGCUAGAUGGCCUUGGACAUGGAACUCACGUCUCGGGAAUCAUUGCUGGACAGGCCGGCAGUUAUGUCGGAGUAGCACCUGAGGCUUCUUUGUAUGUUUACAAAGUUUUCGGCGAUUAUGCAGACUACACCGAAACCGACACACUUAUUGAUGCCUUCCUGAUGGCGUACAGAGAUGGGGCCGAUAUCAUCACCUCAUCUGUUGGCGGCCAAUCUGGCUUCUCGGAUGAUCCAUGGGCGGUGACAGCUUCUCGUCUCGCGGAACAAGGCGUAGUAGUCACUAUUGCCAAUGGCAACGACGGUGCCAAUGGCCCUUUUAGCGAGAGCAAUGGCUCGAACGGUGAGUAUGUUCUCGCCGUGGCUUCUGUCAAUGCCGAUGUGAUUGCAGAGGCCGCUUUCGAGGCUACCUUCGGAGACAAUACUUCAAAGAAGAUCACCGUCCCAUACCAAGCGUCAGACUUCUGGGACUCGACUGCAUAUAACGGAUGGCCCAUUGUUCCAUUUAAUACUAAUGCUUCUGCCCCAACUGAUGCUUGCCAUGCAUUCAACGACGGCUGGAAUCUCAACUAUACAAAUUCCAUCGUCCUCGUCACCGAUGGUGCAUGCAGCUGGCAGACGAAACUGUCUGUUCUUAACGCUUUACAUAAUUAUACAUUGCCUAUCCUGAUAUACACUUCUCAGUAUCCCGUUAGCGCAUUUUUCAACGGCUCUGGAGAUAGUACAGUCGGCUAUAUCCCUCUCGAUGCGGGUGAGGCCAUCAUGAAGGCUCUUCGGACUGGUGUAAAAGUGACAGCAGACUUCAAGAAUACUGUCGAGUAUCUUAAAUUUCUGCCGAGCCCGGCUUUUUCUAGUGGUGGAAGGCCCAGCUAUUUCAGCAGCAUCGGCCCUACAAAUGAUUUAGCACUCAAGCCGGACAUCGCAGCACCCGGUGAAGACAUUUUCUCGACGUGGCUUGACGAUAGCUGGGCGAUUCUAAGUGGUACUUCCAUGGCUACUCCCUACAUUGCUGGUGUUGCGGCGCUCUAUAUAGGGAAGUACGGAGGUAGAAAGGUCCAUGGCCCUGGGUUUGCCAAAGACUUGUCCAUGCGAAUCAUUGCGUCUGGAAAGUCGCUUGACUGGCUCGCUGAUCCAUUGAAUCCUGGCAAUUCUGACUUCCGAGCUCCUGUUUUCCAGGUUGGCACUGGACUUGUGAAUGCAUCUAAAAUUCUGAAUUACCAAACGAGCCUGUCAUUCUCAAAGUUCAUGCUCAAUGACACGCACAACUUCGAACGGUACCACAGCGUCGACAUCACGAACAACAGCCCGCAUCCAAUUACUUAUACCUUUUCCUUCGAAGCUAGCGGCGCAAUAGAUACGAUGGUACCCAGCCAGGACCCCUCGGGAAAGCCUGUGGUUGGAGUCUACACUCAAGUCUUUGCUGCUCCCUACGCUGCCAUCCCGUCUGUUUCGCUACCUCGCGGUACAUUUACCGUUCAGCCAGGCAAGACAAAAACAGCCAAUAUCAACUUUAUGUAUCCCUCCGGCUUGAACGCAAAUAACUUGCCGUUGUACAGUGGCAAGAUCAUCAUCGCGGGGAGUAACGGGGAGUCGCUCGCAGUGCCAUAUAUGGGUGUCGGUGCGAAUGUUCAUAAAGACCUAGAUUCGGUUUUCUACUACGGCAAUGGACUUCCUGUCAUCACAUCUGGGUUACGAGGAACACCAAUCGGAGACUCUCCUAGCUGGAGCUUCAAUGUCAACCCUUUCGCCAAGUCCUAUCCCACUUUCCGCCUUGCCUUCAACUUUGACACAACUGAGUUUCGCUGGGACGUAUUUGACUCAACAUGGAAAGAGAAAGAUUGGACGUAUCCGCCUGUCGUCGGUAAGAAGGGCUACGUUGGAGCCGCGUCACUGUGGUUGAAUGGAAUUCCACUUCUCAUUCCUAACACGAGCCUCGUCACUGCAACACCAUUUACAGACAUACCAAGAAGUAUCGGUGGUUCAGAUGCGUGGCUUUGGUUCGGUAAGCUCGCGAAUGGAUCUCAGUUAACACCAGGAACGUACUCGAUGAGGUUGGCGGCGCUACGCCCAUUCAGCACCAAUCCACAAAACUCAGACAACUGGGACAUAUUCACUACGCCGCAAUUCCAAGUUACUCCU